CAAUAGUUUCCUAUCUGUAAUCUAGCGUUUUCAUCUUCUUAAUGUAGUGUUCGAAGUACUUUCGAGAGACGUACAAGAGGUUUCUUAUAAGAGAAAUUAUAAAAUUUAACAUAACACAAGAUGUUUCAGCAUGCAGUGCGUUCCGUUGUACGGAAUGUUUCCCGAAUGAGUAACCGUUUUUCUUCAUCUUAUCGUCCUGCAAAUUAUGAACCGCCAACAAUGGAUCGUCUACCAGUUCCAAGUGGUUCAUGGCAAAAAGCUUAUGAUAAAAAGCAAGCAUCGUACAAUUUACAAUUAGCUGGUUGUCUUAUUUUUGUCGUUGUCACUUUAAUUACGGGUAAAGCAUCAGGAGCAUUUUAUCUUAAUUGGUAUCCUCCUGAGCAAAAAAAGGAAUAAUAUACAAAAUAAUAUAACAUAGUUAAUUCUAGAAAAAUCAACAUUCUACGAACAUCAUUUAUUGUUCUUUUCUAUGAAUAAUAUUUAAUUUGUAAUAGAAUUAUUAUGAUAUAAAAGCUCUUAAAUAUC